AUGAUGGAUGAUGGAGAUGAUGGUGAUGAAAGGGGUGAUGGGGAUGAUGGAGAUGAUGGAGAUGAUCGAACUGAUGGAGAUGAUGAGGAUGAUGGGGUGUAUGGGUAUGAUGGGCAUGAUGGGGGUGAUGGGGAUGAUGGGGGUAAUGUGGAUGUUGGGGGUGUUGGGGAUAAAGCGUGUGAUGGGGAUGAUGUGGAUGAUGGAGAUGAUAAAGAUGAUGGGGAUGAUGGGUGUGAUGGAGAUGAUGGGGAUGAGGGGGGUGAUGUGGAUGAUGGAGACGAUGAGGAUGAUGUGGAUGAUGGAGAUGAUGAAGAUGAUGGGGGUGAUGGGGAUGAUGGGGAUGAUGGGGGUGAUGAGGAUUGA